UGAACUGUCAUGGCUGCGCCCGUGUAACCUGGAGCCACCGCGGCAGGGACGGAGGCAACGCGGACCUGCGGGGACAGGAGUCACCAUGCUGCGGGCCGCAUGGCGCGCGCUGAGCUCUGUUCGUGCCCAGGCAGUGGCACAAGCCCCAGUCUCUGUGCUUCGGGACGGAGGCAGCGCCUAUCAGCCCUCAGCACGCUGUGGCCUGCAACCUCCGAGUCUCCUGCAUGCCGCCCGUGCGUACGCCACCCAGAAACCGAAACCAGUCCAGCCCAGCCGAGAUGAUGAGCCACCCCCUACCACAUUCAUCAAAGAAUACAAGGACAUCAUCCCCAGCAUGGAAAAGGUUGAUGAUGUUGUGAAAAGAAUCUUGUCUUUGGAAAUGGCCAACAAGAAAGAGAAGCUAAAAGUCAAGCAAGAACAAUUGAUGAACAAGAUUGCGGAAAACCCUAAGGAUUCUAGAACCUUGGAAGCUAAAAUUGUUGCCCUGACUGUCAGGAUCCGCAGUUAUGAAGAACAUAUGCAGAAACAUCGAAAGGACAAAGCCCACAAACGCCAUCUGCUAAUGAGCAUUGACCGGCAGAAAAAGAUGCUUAGACUCCUCCGUCAGACCAACUAUGAUGUCUUUGAGAAGACCUGCAAGGAGUUGGGGGUGGAAUUUACCUUACCCCCUCUGCACUUCCAAAAGGUCCACCGCCGCUUCCUGGCCAAGAAGGCCCUGUGCAUUCGGGUUUUCCAGGAGGUACAAAAGCUGAAGAAGCAAAAAGCUGCUGCAGCUGCUGCCAAAAAACAAAAUAACCAGGGGGUGCCAGAGAACCCUUCCAAAGCCCUACCAGAGGUGACCAAAGAGAACUAAUAAAGUCUGUUCUGCCUUGAAGAGU